AUGGUGCCUCCACCCAUUCGCAUGCCUAGAGUGAUUCUCGCCCGCCAUGGCGAGACGGAAUGGUCGCUGUCGGGCCAGCACACUGGUCGCAGCGACAUUCCACUGACUGCUCGUGGCGAGAGCGUCAUGCUCGCCUUGGCGCCGACAUUUGUGGGAACGGACGGCAGCAAGCUGGUCGACCCUCGUCACGUCUCGCACAUCUUUUGCAGUCCCAGGAAGAGAUCCCAACGAACGCUGGAGCUGAUGAUGUCGCACUUGAGCAAGGAGGAGCGGGAUGCCGUAGUGGCCGUAGAGACGCUGCAAGAGUGCAGAGAGUGGGAUUACGGGGCGUACGAAGGCUUGAAGACGAACGAGAUUAGGGAAAAGCAUGCAGGUUGGGACAUUUGGAACGAUGGCACGCCCAAUCACCCCUCCAAUCCAGACUUGCCCGGGGAGAGCGCGCAGCACAUGUCCGACAGGGUGGAUGGUGUCAUUGCAAAGAUUCGGGUGCUUCAAAAGGCAGUCAUCGAAGGGCAUCCAGAGACGACGCACGAUGAAAAUGUGAUGAAGCGGGGCGGCGAUGUGAUUUUGGUUGCUCAUGGACACUACAAUCGGUGCGUGGAAAGUUGCAAUCAGUGGCCUUUUUUUCUCGAUUCUUGACGUGA